GGGUCCAAGCGACCGGAGGCGGCUUCCCCAGCGACGGCCUGAAGACCGGGCAUCGGCCUCCUCCCGCCCCCCGAGGCUGGACAGUGGACGCGGUGGGGGUGGGGGUGAGGUAGGGUGGGGGCAGCGUCCGGAAUCCUGAGGACAGAAGGCAGAGGCCCCUCCAUCCGGAUUAUUGGAAGGGAGAAAGCCCUCCCCCCCCCAGCUUGGGGAGGGGGAGAGCGGGGCAUUGGGCGCCCCCUGCAGCGGCCGCUGCCCUGAGCCGACGGGCAUCGGCCGGCUCUCCCCGUCUUGCCAGGACGACACGAGCGACCAAGGCCAGGGACUCCUCUCCUUCGUUCUCUUCCCUCCACACCCCAUCUGACCUGGAGAGGAGAGACUGCUUGCCCUUCCACGCCCCCGAGUGAGGGGCCCAGGGUCCGGGCUGCUGCGUCCCCCAAGGGCAAGGGCCUCUCUGUUGAGAAGGAGGGGCCUGGGCAUCCACCGCUUCUUCCCUUCUGAACUCCCCAUCUCUCUCUGCACCCUGCAUUCCCACCUCUCCCUAUUUAUUUCCUGGCCCCCUGCCAGCCCCUCCAUCUCCAUCUCUGGGAUUCAGGCCUCCCUUCCUGACAUGGAGAGUAACCUGUCUGGCCUGGUGCCUGCUGCGGGGCUGGUGCCUGCGUUGCCGCCAGCGGUGACCCUGGGGCUGACUGCGGCCUACACCACCCUCUAUGCCCUGCUCUUCUUCUCCGUCUAUGCCCAGCUCUGGCUGGUGCUGCUAUAUGGGCACAAGCGCCUCAGCUAUCAGACAGUGUUCCUGGCACUCUGUCUGCUCUGGGCCGCCUUGCGCACCACCCUCUUCUCCUUCUACUUCCGAGAUACUCCCCGAGCCAACCACCUGGGCCCCUUGCCCUUUUGGCUUCUCUACUGCUGCCCUGUCUGCCUGCAGUUCUUCACGCUGACACUUAUGAACCUCUACUUUGCCCAGGUGGUGUUCAAGGCCAAGGCGAAGCGUCGGCCAGAGAUGAGCCGAGGCUUGCUGGCCGUCCGAGGGGCCUUCGUGGGGGCCUCGCUGCUCUUUCUUCUGGUGAAUGUGCUGUGUGCUGUGCUGUCCCGCCGGCGCCGGGCACAGCCCUGGGCCCUACUGCUGGUGCGAGUCCUGGUGAGUGACUCUCUCUUCGUCAUCUGCGCACUCUCUCUCGCCGCCUGCCUCUGCCUCGUCGCCCGGCGGGCCCCCUCCACUAGCAUCUACCUGGAGGCCAAGGGGACCAGUGUGUGCCAGGCGGCUGCGAUGGGUGCUGCCAUGGUCCUGCUCUAUGCGAGCCGGGCCUGCUACAACCUGGCAGCCCUGGCCUUGGCGCCCCGGAGUCGGCUGGAUGCCUUCGAUUACGACUGGUACAAUGUAUCUGACCAGGCAGACCUGGUAAAUGACCUGGGGAACAAAGGCUACCUGGUAUUUGGCCUCAUCCUCUUUGUCUGGGAACUGCUGCCCACCACCCUACUGGUGGGCUUCUUCCGGGUGCACCGGCCUGCACAGGACCUGAGCACCAGCCGCAUCCUCAACGGGCAGGUCUUUGGUUCUCGUUCCUAUUUCUUUGACCGGGCCGGGCACUGUGAGGACGAGGGCUGCUCCUGGGAGCACAGCCGUGGCGAGAGCACCAGCAUGUCAGGCAGCCUAGGCUCUGGCAGCUGGUAUGGUGCCAUUGGGCGCGAGCCGGGCUGGUACGGGGGCAGCCAGACGCGGACCACUCCUCUGCUCUUCUCCCAGGUGCCAGGACCAGGCGGCCACCACCACAGUCUCUACUCCACCCCACAGACGUGAAUCCCCUCCAUUCCCCUCCCCAAAAUACUCAGACCCCAGUCUCCCUCACCCCAGGCCCCUGUGCCAAGUUCACAUGCUGCUUCUUGCUCCAGAUUCUGGGGCCAUGGCCGCCCCCUCCUCUGACUGGUUCCUUGUUGCUCCUGUUGUAGUGAGCUUAUGCCACCCCCCUAAGAUAGGGGCAUGGCCCUGGCUGCCAGAUGCCCACAGCACCCUGGCAUCACCUGCUGCCUCUGCUUCCACACUGGAGCCAGCUACCUCUCCUGAGCCUGCCGCUCAAUAAACAGUGUCCAUGCCCCA